AUGGCAACUUCUCUCGAACAUUCUCAAAUAAUUCUUCCAAUUUCAUCUAAAACGAUACAAACAUUUGGAACAAUAAAUCAAUAUAAAAUUCCAACUUUUCUUCUUAUUUGGCUCGAUCAAAGUAUUGAUGAAGUUCAUAAUAACGAUUCUCGUCAUACAUUAAAACAAUUACGUCAAGUAAUUCACGUUGUACAUACAUUUACAAAUGUGAAACAAUGUGUCGAUUUUCUUAAUAAUAUCAAAGAAGAAAUAAAGAUCAUUUUAAUCUCUUCUGGUGCAUUUGGUCAAAUAAUUGUAGAGAAUAUACAUAAUAUGACACAAGUCAAUGCUAUUUGUAUAUAUUGUGCAAAUAAAAAUAAACACGAAAAAUGGGUUCAAAAAUGGACAAAAGUGAAAGGAGUUUUUACAAAUAUUCUGCAUAUUUGUGAAGUAAUCAAACAGAUCGUUAAACAAAAUGAUCAAAAUUUCAUAUCGAUGAGAUUUAUUUCUGCGAAUGAAGAAAUCUUAAAGCAAAAAUUAGAUCAAUCAUUCAUGUUUACUCAAAUUCUCAAAGAAAUUCUCUUAACUAUCGAUUAUAAGCCAAUACAUUUUGAAGAAUUUCUCAAAUAUUUUCGUGAAGAAUUUGUCAAUAAUUCAAUUGAAUUAGCAAAUCUUGAUAAAUUAGAAAGAGAAUAUCGUCGUGAGGAAUGUAUUAAAUGGUAUACAUUUCAUUCUUUUCUUUAUUCAAUGCUUAACCAUGCAUUACGUUUCAUGGAAAUCAAUUUAAUUCUUAAAAUGGGUUUCUACAUUCGUGAUCUUCACAAACAUAUCGAACAACUUCAUUCCGAACAAUUUCCCAAAAAGAACAUUUCAAUGAAAUUUACUGUUUAUCGUGGUCAACUUCUCUCUCAAACAGAUUUUCAUCAAUUGAAGGAAAAUAUCGGUGGACUCAUUUCAUUUAAUAACUUUUUAUCAACCAGUAAAGAUCGUCAGAUUUCCUUAGAUUUUGCUUGUUCAAUUGCUAAGCCGUCUGACAUGGUCGGUAUUCUUUUUAUUAUAGAAAUUGAUCCUUCAAUACGAUCAACUCCUUUUGCCAAUAUUCAACAUUGUAGUCAUUAUCAUAACGAAGAAGAAGUUCUCUUCUCGAUGAAUUCGGUAUUUNCUAAUAACAAAUUAAUCAAAGUUCAAUCGAAUUACCUCUCAAUAAUUUUACAGCAUCAAUACAUUGAAUUUCAUCAAAUGCAUUGA